AUGAAGCUCCAAAGCACGACGGAAAGCUCUCCUUGCACUUCGGCCUGUGGCGAACCAUUCCGGGAGGAGCAAUUCGUUACACUUCUUCCCAUCUUGCGGGACUUUGUGAGCACGUAUCUCAAGGAAGAGGGCGUCAAAUGGGAUCCUGAAGUUCACCGCCUCCGAUGCCUAGGCCACGUUAUCAACUUGGCAGUUCAAGCUUUCCUGUUCCAGAAUUCUAUUGACUUGAAAGAGGGCGAAAUAUGCGAAGACGCAGAUGACCUGGCAAAGUUCAAAGGCAGCGCACCGAAUUUCGCCGCCUUGGACCACUUGGGCAUUUCACUUGACAAUCGUACGAGGUGGAAUAGCUGGUAUCAAAUGCUGCAUGUUGCCACUCAGCAGGAAACUGCCAGCGCUCUGGACACCUACACCAAGAAUCAUUUCGAAGAUCUUUCUGCGGAUUUUCUAUUGCCGGAAGAUUGGGCCCGGCUCCGAAUAAUUGAGAAGAUCCUUCAACCGUUCGCCCGAGCGACAUUAGCAACACAAGGGGAUCAUGCGACCCUGGACAAAGUGCUCUUCACGAUGGACGUCUUGAUCCGAUGCUUUGAUGAAGCCCUGGUCACGUACAAAUCAGACACCGAGCUGUCCUUUAGGAUCAAACGAGGGUGGGAAGUCUUUGACAAAUAUUAUAGCAAGACAGAAGCAUCGCCCUAUUAUGCAGCUGCCUUGAUCCUUCAUCCCAGCUAUCGCACAACAUACAUCCAGGCAAAUUGGAAGAAGAAGUGGCAAAAACCUGCGUUCAAACAGGUCAAAGACCUUUGGCUCACAUACCGAGACACUGUGGAUGGCGCCCUCUCGCAACAUUUACUAGAUGACGAUGAUGACGAGGACCUUGACGCGUUUGAUCGCAUUUCAAGGAACCUGCAGAAUUGCACUCGACCGUCAAGCCAGGACGAGUACGAAGAUUACAUUUCAUGUGAUCCACAUCCUAUCAAUGCCGGCGAUGAGUGA